UAGUUUUCAUUUCAAACAUUUUUAUAUGUUUAAAGACCAGAGUAAAAUAGUUAUGAUUUUGAUUUGGACAACUACAUAUUGCGAGAAAAUAUAAUUGAUAAAUAUGAUAAUAGCGUGUAAUAAGGACUUUAUCACUGCGGAUAUCAUAUCUAUAUAUAGUAAAUUAACAGUCCAUAGUCUAUCACUGUAGUAUAUACAUGAUUGGUAUAUUAUCUUCACUCAAUAUUAUUGUCACCAAAAUCAAACACGUCAAUCAUCAAUGGCUACCGUGUUCAGUAGAACAAUUUUAACAUGGAUAACAUUCGGACUUGUAACCAGGGUGCAUAGCGUACCACCCUUGCCCACAUGGCCAUCUGUUUACAAGUCAUGCGUUAACGUACAGAGCCCACGUGAGUUUAUCAAGGCUGGUUGGUAUGUUGACCAGGAUUCCAGACAUAUGAGACUUGACAGUUAUGGUGUACCAAAAGGUUUAAAUCAAAGUGAAGCUGAGUUAUUACAGCAGUAUAUCAAUCAAGUAGAAGACUUUAACUACGCGUGUUCGCAGUACGGGCCUCCUCUCUAUAUAUUUAUAUACUUGUAUGAUAUCGGCAAGAUGCUGAACCUGUUCCCCUCUCCAGAGCCUCCCUUCCGGUCGUGUACAGUCACCACAAUUUACAACAAGUUCCCUAACAGUCCACUAUAUCCGGAUCUAGAGUUUAUAGAAGAAGCACAUGAUAAUUUUACAACUUAUAAUCACUGGAGAUCUGAAUUCUUUCUCUUCACAUUAGAUUAUUACUUCCAUGCCACGAAUGAUUUACCUUAUAAGCUGUUGGUACAAGAAGAGGAAAAUGUUUUUAUAUCAUUUGAAGAGGGCAAACUCGAAAAAGGAACAUUUCUUCCGCCCGCUGGCGUAAUAUGCAAAUAGAAACGAAAAGAGCAUUAGUGCGACGAUAUGAAAAUACUGAUUGACACGAUAUUAUGCUAUCAAAAGCAUGCAAUUGAGAUUACGUUAUUCAUCUGUAUUAACAUGGGAACAAUUUUGGAAUAAAACGUUUUGGUGACAUUU